AGUGACGAUCCCCCUUCCUGUACCCGGUUGAGGAAGUUAAUUCGCUGACAGGGCUGGGUUCCGUGAGGGAGGCGAAAGAAACAUAAUUUACAUGGUGGGGAUAAAAACAACAACAGUAUAGAAGAACAAGUUGUGCAAGCACAAUAAAACGUACGUGUAAAGCAUAUUUCCUCUCCGAGAUCGUCACUGAGCGCCGCAGACAUGAAUGACCAGCAGCUGGACUGUGCUCUGGACCUGAUGAGGCGUCUUCCUCCCCAGCAGAUUGAGAAGAAUCUCAGUGACCUCAUCGACCUGGUGCCCAGUCUGUGUGAGGACCUACUCUCCUCUGUGGACCAGCCUCUGAAGAUCGCCCGGGACAAGGUGGUGGGGAAAGACUACCUGCUCUGUGACUACAACAGAGACGGUGACUCCUACAGAUCCCCAUGGAGUAAUAAGUAUGAGCCACCCAUCGACGAUGGUGCCAUGCCAUCUGCCCGCCUGCGCAAACUAGAGGUUGAAGCCAACAAUGCCUUUGACCAGUAUAGAGACCUGUACUUUGAGGGUGGUGUAUCAUCUGUGUAUCUGUGGGACUUGGAUCAUGGCUUUGCUGGGGUCAUCCUCAUCAAGAAGGCUGGAGACGGCUCCAAGAAGAUCAAAGGCUGCUGGGACUCCAUCCAUGUGGUGGAGGUGCAGGAGAAGUCCAGCGGACGGACCGCUCACUACAAACUCACCUCCACCGUUAUGCUGUGGCUCCAGACGACCAAGACCGGGUCUGGAACCAUGAACCUGGGUGGCAGUCUGACAAGACAGAUGGAGAAAGACGAGACAGUUGGAGAGUCUUCCCCACAUAUUGCCAACAUCGGCCGCCUGGUGGAGGAUAUGGAGAAUAAGAUUCGCUCCACUCUCAACGAGAUCUACUUUGGGAAGACCAAGGACAUCGUCAAUGGUUUAAGAUCUAUUGACUCUCUGCCUGAUAACCAAAAGUAUCGGCAGCUCCAGAAGGAGCUGUCUCAGGUCCUCACCCAGCGCCAGAUCUUCAUUGACUAGGGCCAGAGGAGUGUUCAGACCCUGGCUGACAAGUCGAAGCAGGAGGCUCUGAAGAACGACCUGAUGGAGGCGCUUAAACGCAAACAGCAAAGCUAGAGAUGCUAUUUUUUUUUUCUCUCUCUCUCUCUGUUCCCCGCGCAGUAUCUCCACCUUACUCAACCAUCUUUUUUCUGUUUGUACGUCUCUCCUUCCAUGCUUGUUUAAGUGCUGCACUCUUGUUCAUUCGUGGAAAAAACAAAAAAGAGAAUGUUAAGCUUUUUUUGUUUAUUUUCACGCAUUGUUUUGAGGCAUCUCAUUUGCUAUCAAGCCAUUCACCCACCCGGUCUCUCUCUCUGUCUCUUUCUCUCUCUCUUUCUCUCUCUCUUUCUCUCUCUCUGUCUCUCUCUCUGUCUCUCUCUCUGUCUCUCUCUCUGUCUCUCUCUCUCUCUCUCUGUCUCUCUCUCUGUCAUGUUAUGAAUAUUAUGAUCGUAUUCUUUAGGUUAAUGAUAAUCUUACAGUUAUACCUGCAAUGUUUAUAAUCCCUACAGCUCUGUCACAGCUGAGUCUGUUUUGAAUGAGUGACAUCAGCUUCUCUCCUAUCCUCUGGUUAGGGGACAGAAUCAGAUAGACUGUACUGUAGCUAGGCUUGGCUGGGCUAACAAAUCGUCAUUCAUUUCCACCAAUGUUUUCUUUCUUGUACCCAUUAUAUCAAAGUGUCUGUGCCACCACCUUUCUUGAAAUAUAACUGUCAUUUUUCUGGGUGAUGUAAUGGCAAACGAAUGGGAGAGGGUGGCCCUAGAUAUUAUGUAUUGUAAGGAUUGGUCUAUGGUUUGACCUUCGUCCCACUCUUACCCGCAUGCGUUGUGAGUCUGAACGCAUUGGAUCACGGGAUGGAGCUGUAGACCUCUAAAACAUGGGGAGGGACUGUUAGGUUCACUGUGUAUACCCAUGUCAUUAAGUCCCCCUCUUACACUGUGUAUAACGUGAUGAUUUGGAUACCUCGGUCUCUCUCUUGGUCUCUCUUUCUCCCUUUCACCUGGUCUAUGUUGGGGGUCACAGUUUUGUCUUUUUGCAUCUUGAAAGAAGCUUUUGACAGUUUCUGUUUUGGGGGGAAUCUUUUUUGUUGUAUUUUGUUUUUAUUUUGUAAAGCUAAUGAUUCAUAUUUUAUUAGAGCCUCCAGCAACAAUAAAAACAGUAAAAAACUA